AUGCCUCCACCGAUAUCAGAACAGAAUAAUAAGAUGAUAAGAAAUAGAAAUAACAGUGUAUUGCUUUUUGGUGCGUAUUACAGUCCGUUCGUUGGUUUGUGUCAUGGCUUCUUCUUAUUCAUCUUCUCAUUCUUCAUCUUUAAAAUUAUAUUUUUUUGGAACACUUCAAUUGCCUGCAUCUUUUUAGUAUUCAACUUUUUUCAAGCCACUGAGGGAUGCUUCAAUUCCAUUAUUAGUUUCGGGGAUUCGCUUGCUGACACCGGAAAUAGACUUCAUCUCUCUCAAAAUAAAACUCAUCUUCCCCAUUUCGCCGUACGACCUUAUGGUGAAACCUUCUUUCAUCAUCCCACCUGUCGGUUUUCCGAUGGCCGUCUUGUUAUAGAUUUUAUUGCUGAGAGUUUGGAACUCCCAUUAGUGCCACCAUACUUGGGAGGAAAAGAAGAAAAUUUCAAGCAAGGUGUGAAUUUUGCAGUGGGAGGAGCAACAGCACUUGAUUAUGCCUACUUGUUGGAAAAGGGAGUAAGGCCCGGUAACAAUGUGUCUUUGGGGACUCAAAUGGGUUGGUUCAAAGAAAUGCUCUCUGCCCUUUGCAAAUUCCCUUCAGAAUGCAAGGAAUUUCUACAGAAGUCAUUGAUAUUGGUGGGAGAAAUUGGAGGCAAUGAUUUCAACUAUGGUUUUCUUGGAAAUAGCACUAAGGAAGAGGUUGAAUCAUAUGUUCCAGCAGUCAUCAACACUAUUAGCUCAGCUAUACAGGUUUUACAAAAGGAGCUUUAGAUGCAUGUUGUGGAGCAGGAGGGCCAUACAAUUUUAAAUUUUCUGCAGUAUGUGGGGAUCCACCAGCAAGAAAUAUUUGCAGUGACACUUCACUGUAUGCU